AUGUCGACUCCGAGCUGCAUGAUCGACGCCAGCUUCAGGGAAGAACUGAAUCGGACUAGGGAUAAGGUGGAGGAACAGUUCAUGUUUGAGAAUAGUAAAGUAAGUUAUCUUUUAGUCAUUGAAAACGCUUUGUAACGAAAGUUCUUGCCCUUUUUCCGCUUUGUAAAGAUAGUUCUUGUCAUUUUUAUGCGUUGUAAAGAAAGUUUUUGCUUUUUAAGGUCGGCCGAGGCACAUACGGACAUGUCUACAAAGCAACAUUGAACAAGCCAGGCAAGGAGAACAAGGUCUAUUUUGCUUUGAAGUUGAUCGAAGGUGUUGGCUUCUCAAUGUCAGCAUGCAGAGAGAUAUCAUUGUUAAGGGAAUUGAAGUAAGUCAUACAUUUUAGGCUUGAAGAGUUAAUUUUAAUAUCUAGAAAAAGAGGUUUUGAUGAAAAAAGUAGAAUUUUAUUACCUAAAAACCUUGUUUUAGCUUUUAAAAUUCAGAAAAAAGUAGAGCUUUAUUACCUAAAAUUUGGAUUUGUUACUUAAAAUUUAAAUAUUGUUACCUAAAAUUUGGAUUUGUUACCUAAAAUUUGCAUUUUUUACCUAAAAUUUCGAUUAUUUUGCCUAAAAUUUGAAUUUUAUUACUUGAAAUUUUGAUUUUGUUACCUAAAAUUUGGAUUUUAUUACCUAAACCUUCAUUUUUCAGCCACCCAAACCUAAUCAAACUCCAACGAGUAUACCUGACCCCAGAACGAAAGGUGUGGCUUCUGUUUGAUUACGCCGAACACGACCUCUGGCACAUAAUCAAGACCCAUCGCAACUGCAAAUCGAACAAAAAGCAGAUUAUUGUAGCCAAGAGCAUGGUCAAGAGUCUAAUGUAUCAGAUCCUGGACGGUAUCCAAUACCUCCACUCUAACUGGAUCCUCCAUCGUGACCUGAAGCCGGCCAACAUCCUGGUAAUGGGCGAAACGACCGGUCUUGAGCGAGGUCGGGUCAAGAUUGCUGACAUGGGGUUCGCUCGAGUCUUCUACAAUCCGCUGAAGCCACUGGCCGAGCUGGACCCGGUCGUGGUCACGUUUUGGUAUCGUGCUCCCGAACUACUCCUCUGUGCCAAACACUACACCAAAGCCAUUGAUAUCUGGGCGAUUGGUUGUAUCUUCGCCGAACUAUUGAUGUCCGAACCAAUGUUCAUGUGCCGAGAAGAAGACAUCAAAGCCUCGAGUCCGUACCAUCCGGACCAGUUGAACAAAAUCUUCCAGGUCAUGGGCUACCCAACCGAAGCGGACUGGCCCGACCUCAAAAAAAUGCCCGAAUACCUGAAACUUCAGUCCGAAUUCAAGAGAAACAAUUUCUCGAACUGCUCGUUGAAGAAUCACAUGGAUCACAAGAAGAUCAAGACAGACGGCCAGCAGUUCGAUCUGCUCCAGAAGAUGUUAACCAUGGACCCACUGAAGAGGAUCACGGCUUACGAUGCCCUAAGGCAUCCAUACUUCAAAGAGGAUCCAUUACCUACCGAAGAUGUAUUUGCUUCAAGGAGUAUACCGUACGAAAAGAGAAGCUUUAUGAAUGACGAGCCUGACGACAAAGCUACGGCUUCGAAACACAUCCAACCAGCCAUGCAUAUUCAGCCUAAUAUGGAGCCGGCUAACAAGAGAAUGAAAAUGGUAAGGGCAGGGGCUUUGCCAGAGAGGGGGGGGGUGGAUUCUCCAUUCCCCCUGAUCUCCUGAACCGAUCUGAAAUUUUUUCUUAAAAUGUCGGCAAAUCAGAUUUUUAAAAUUGCAGUGCCUUUAGAAAUGGUAUUAGAAUUAUAAAAAAGUCUUGUCUUUUUUGGCAAUGAAAACACAUACAAAUCGACGGCAAGAAUCUAAUAUACACUCAAAAUGCCAUUGUUACCUAAAAAGCUUAGUUUUUGCUAAGUUUUUAUGAAAAAAUGAAACUUUGUUACCUAAAAAGCUUAAUUCAUGAUAGAUUAUGAUGAAAAAACGAAAUUUUGUGACCUAAAACUGUAGUUCAUGAUAAGUUUUUAAGAAAAAAGGGGGUUUUGUUACCUAAAAACCUUGUUUUAGCUUCAGUAACGUCUUUUAGUCUCGUUUAUACAAGAAAACGAAGAUUUAUUACCUGAAAAUCAAUUUUUUUGGUAUAUAAUAAACGAAGAGUCGACAAAACGUUUUUAAAAUUUAAAAAGUCAUUUUGAAAUUUUUCUAAUGAAUUGCUUUUUAAAAUCAAAAAUUCGCCCUUCAGGACCCCUUCCAAAUGAAACAAGACUCCAUGAACUUCCGCAACCCGCAACAAAUGCAACAACCCCAACAACCGGCCCUACCCGACUACGCUCAAGCCACUCAGUUACAACAACAACAAAUCCCAGGCUCGUCCAUGCCCAACAUCAUGCCACAACAUAACAUGAACAUGAACUAUCAACAGAACCAGCCCAUGAUGAAUCAACAACAACAAAUGCCCAAUCAACAACGCCCGCAGCCAAUGGGCAUGCCUAAUCAGCAACGUGCGUUUUGGGGUUGUUUGAUGUUGUAUUACAUAAAAAUUGGCAGGGAAUGAAAAUGACUACCUCGCCCGAGCCAGUUUUGAAAUUUCUGGUUGGGGAGGGGUAAAAAAACUUCGGGGGGGUUUUUUUGCAGGGUGCGAAGAGGAUGUGGUAGUAGGGAUGAUAAUUUCUUAAAUAAUAAAAAAUUAUUUUGGGAGGGGUAAAUUUUUAGGUAGGGGGGGGUGUGCAUCCUGCCAAAUUUUUUUGUUUAGAAAUGUAUUUUUAAAACAAAUACAAAAAAAAAUUUUUUUUGGAUUUUUUUACCUCCCCCUCUUUGCUCCCCUCCCCCCCCUUCUAAAAAAAAUCAAUAGUAGAAUCGCCUAGUUAUUUUUAAACAUAAAAUAUACUUUAUAACCCAUACGCUUUCCAGAAAUGCCAAUGCAAAACUACCCCGCCCAAAACCAGCCCCAAAAAAUGCCCCAACAACCGCCGCAAGGCCCACCUCAGCAACGUCAAAUGUACUACGACCAACAACAACAGAACCCACAACAACAACAGUUCGUUCAAGUGAAGCAGGAGGUGCAACAACGUCAAUACAUGAACCAACAACCCAUGGGACCGCCCCAAAUGCAACAACAACAACAACCCGGAAUGCCCAUGAGACAGGGCCAGCAACCACAACAAAACAUGAUGUCACAGCAACAAGGUGGGUUUGUAGUGGUUUAUGUGGAUAUUGAUGUAGUUUAUGGCUUGGGGUGGAUUUUACUGUUGAUAUUGAUGUAGUAUAUAGCUUGGCAGGACGGGUGGAUCUUAGUGUUGAUAUUGAUGUAGUUUAUGGCUUGAGAGGGGGUGAAUCCCUCUGGUGAUGUUGAUGUAGUAUAUGGCUCGUGGGGAUGGUUAAGAGAUCUGAUUAUAACGUGUAGUUUUACAUUUAAAAACCUUCAACAAGGUCCUUAAUAUAAAAUAAUGUCACUUUAGUAAUGCAACAACGACAAUUUGCUCAACAACAAGCCAUGAGAGCCAAUCCCAAUGUACAACAACAGCCUGGCAACAUGCAACAGAUGAGGCAAGGCUUCAAUCCUCAACAACAACAAAUGAUGCCAGGACAACAGCAACAGUUCAUGCAGCAGCAGCAACAGCCGAGGUAUCAGUAG